UCUUCGCGAAACUCGAAUUCAAUUUAGACGAAGAAGAAUCCUUGUAAACAUGGCAUCCUACUACAGUCGUGUCGGGAGAUUGUGGAAUAUUUCUGCGUUAAUAGCAAGACCGCACGUUCGUAAUUAUGUUGCUGUACUGGAGAGACCUUCCGGCCAAAAGGCAAUUACGAGAGGACUACCAUUGCCAUCAGUUACUAAUCAUGUAUUUGUGAGAAACAUGUUCAUACAGACCCAAGACACUCCAAACCCAAAUAGUCUGAAGUUCCUGCCUGGUCGCGUGGUGCUGGAGUCGGGAACGAUUGAUUUUGCUGGGCCUCGUGAUGCAUAUUGUUCUCCACUGGCCAGGCAUUUGUUUAGAAUUGAUGGUGUAAAAAGCGUUUUCCUGGGUCCUGAUUUCAUAACAAUUACUAGGGCUGAUGAGACCAUGGAGUGGAAAGUAAUCAAGCCUGAUGUCUUUGCAACAAUCAUGGACUUCUUUACCACUGGACUUCCAGUGCUGAAUGAGGAUGCUUCACCACAAGCAGAUACAGCUCCAUCAGAUGAUGACGAUGAGGUGGUUGCAAUGAUAAAAGAACUUCUAGACACUCGCAUUAGGCCGACAGUGCAGGAGGAUGGUGGUGAUGUGUUGUAUAGAGGGUUUGAUGAUGGCAUUGUGAAGCUGAAACUACAGGGAUCCUGCACCAGCUGUCCUAGUUCCAUUGUCACUCUCAAGAGUGGGAUCCAGAAUAUGCUUCAGUUCUAUGUCCCAGAGGUGGAGGGAGUAGAGCAGGUGAAGGACGAGGAUGUAGAAGUGGAGCAGGGUGCCAAAGGCUGAACUUUGUCGUCCAUGAUGAUAAAAGACAUUCCUGUCGCUCACACCUUGGCAGCCAUGUCCCCCCCUCCCCCCUCCUCAUCCUUGCCUCGACAUGCUACAUAGUUCAAUGAGGGCCUCAGAGGCUGGUCUCUUCAACAGCAGUGACCUGCACCCAUUGUAUUUAUGUCAUUGCUCUUUACCUGGAUUAUUUUGUAAGGCCUUGGAUUAGAAAGAUAUGGCUGGCCUCGAGAUGUAGCAGACAUGUAUUGUCUUCCAUGCUACAUUUCUGCAGGUCCACUCUACAGUUUUUUACCCCAACAGAGGAUCUAAAUGUUGACAGUUACUCUUUGCUUCAAAUUAUUUAUUAUUUAUUGUGUAACAAUUAAAUACGACUCUUGGAAGUGAGAGUAACAAAAGCACACGUCACAACGCACAAAUGUACUCAAAAUGCAGUUGUAUAAUAUUGACUGUAUGCAUUGUAUGCAUAGUGCCAGACACUAGCUCUGGAUAGAAGUUCAGUGCCCAUGAACAGGUGGCUUAUUAUCAGUAGAACAGAUUCACAGUAUCACUGAGCCAGAGGCAAUCUACUAAAGUGUGAUAUGUGGUUUAUAAAGACAUUCUCUUUCUGAACAUACAAUAUCACAUUUAUGCAAUGAGCAUAUUUACCAUCAGUGUGCAUAUUGUUUACCAACAGCAAUGAAUCCAUAUUGGUCCCUGAAAUAACCAUGGAUACUCACCACAUUGUAUGGGUUUCAUUAAACCGUCUUCUUACUGUAGCCUCACUGGUUGUUUGAUAAAUCAUAUGCCAGUGUUCAACAUUCUGAUGCUAUAAAUACAAAAUCCUUUGUAUAAGGGGGGAUUCAUUUCACAGUUCAAAUAUUAUAGAUAUACUACUGUAUGUACUUUCUGAGAGCAUACUCAUAAAGUAAUAAAAUGUAUUUUAAGUAUA